AUGCAUCCUCAAACAUCAUUAGCCCCUAAAUUUAAAUAUCAACCAAUAAUUAAUUUAAAUCAAACGAAUGCCGUUUUACGAAAUCAAAAUUAUAUACCACAAAUGCAGUAUGGAUUACCACCUUCAAUUCCAAAAUAUCAAUAUAAUAAAGAAAAACAGAUGACAUCAUUUUUAAAAAACAAUAACAAAAUAAAGAAUUCACCAAAACCACCUCGACCUGAAGUACUUUCAAAUCAUCAUUCACUACAGUCAAUAAGAUCAAAGACUAAUGAUAAAGAACGAUCAUUGACUCGACCAUUAAGUUUCAUAAAUAUUCCAUCAGAACGUUCUGUUCCAGUACAAAUACCUAGUUCAUAUUCAGCUGGUCAUAUAAAUGAUCGUAUUCAAAAGGAACGAAAAGCGCAUACAAUGCCUCCAUUACCUCGAAUAGUAGGACCAAGUACUAGUCCAAAAGCAAAACUAUUUGCUAGUAUUGUUGCACCUGUUGAUGCUCAAGCAAUAAAGAUAAGUGAUUUAAUGCGAAAAGUAUCAAAAACAACAACAACUAUCUCUUCUCAAAGAUCUGAAGUUGACAUAACUGAUGAUGAUUCAACAGUUAUUGUUAAAGUUCGUUAUGAUCCGUCCAGUGGUGCUCCACCUUCUGAGGAAGCUGUUCGAGAAGCUAUCAAUAAUCAACUAGUGCAACGAUCUCAUACGCAUGGCAAAAAAGAACCAAUUGUUGUUAAUUUUUCUCGACAAAAUAUUCAAUCACAAUUUCCAAUUCGACAACUACAAGCACCUAUUAAUCGACCUAUUUUCUCUUUUCAACAACGUCCACCUGUUCAAAUUCCUCCUCAUUUACAACAACAGCUACAACCACAGUCACAGCCUCGACCACAGGCACAGCCUCCACCACAGGCACAACCUCGGCCACAGUCACAGCCUCGACCACAGGCACAGCCUUCACCACAGACACAGCCUCGGCCACAGUCACAGCCUCGACCACAGACACAGCCUUCACCACAGACACAAUCUCGGCCACAGUCACAGCCUCGACCACAGGCACAACCUCAGGCACAGAUACAUCCACAGUAUCAGCCUCAGGCACAGCCUCAACCGCAGGCACAGCCUCAGCCACAACAACAACAAUCACUAUAUCAACCAAAUCCUUUACCUUCACCAAAACCUUCGCCAAAACCUUCACAAACCCCUCCUUCCUUUCCUUCUGCACCUCCUGUACGGGGACCAUCUCUUUUUAAUCUACAAAAUGGAAAUAUUCAUAUGGGCAAACCUUCAGCGCCUUUAUUUAAACAACAAUAUUCUCAACCAAGAGAAGCAUUCCGAUUACCUUAUCAAAAUAGUAGACCAUUACAGCCUAAUACAUUCUAUCCAACAGGUAUUAACGCAUUAAAAGCAACUGGUUUUAGAAUGGCAACAGAACAAACACCCUCAACUGUCAGUGAUCAACCGACUAUACCUAAUCGAUUACAAGCAGGUUCUGCUUCAAGUGAAAUGUUUCGUCCAGCACCCAUCUCAGAUGUUCCUGAAUUAAGCAAAGAAAGUCUUCUUAAUAUGCUUAAUCAAAUUCCUGAUUUACAGGGUCGUCAUUUUAAUAUUGAAUAUGCACCACCGAGUGCACCUGAAGGUUAUCCAAUUCCAAUGAAUAUACCUUCAGCUGGUGCUGCAUAUCCUGAACCAGUUGUUAUCGAUAAAUUACCAAAUAAUGUUAUUCAACAUAUAAAACUUAGCAAUAAUCCAGCUUUAACAGCUGCAUUAGAAGCAACUAUUCGACGUGAACAAAGUGAUCAAUUUUCAGAUCGAACUCAAUCAACAGUUUCAUCAUUAAAUGCUCCAACGCAAACUAUAAUGCAUCAUGCUGCACAACCUCAUGAACAAGUUCAACAAUCUCGACCUGCUUCAUCAAAUGAUUCUGAAAGUAGUACUGAAGUAUCUUCAUCUGGAACAACAACAUCAUCAUCAUCAUCAGGAUCAUCAGGGCCGUCAUCAUCAUCAUCAUCAUCAUCGACUGAAGAAAGUGAAACUGAAGAAACAAAACAUGUCCCAUCAGCCAGACCCAUGAAUAAUGUUCCAUUUGUUGGACCAGCUUCGACAACAUCCUAUUCUCAUCAACAUUAUCGUUAA